AUGCGGAGAGCCCAAGCAACAGCGUUCCUCGAUCCUCCAGCGGAAAGAAUUGAAGACAACUCGCCCAUGUUAUCAGCAUUUACUGCGCGGCCGCUCGUGGAGCUGAAGCCGCGUGACAAGUCGCGAAUCGACUCAGUUCUAGCCUAUGGCGAUCGCCUCCUCGCCGGCCUGAACAAUGGCAACCUCCGCAUUUACCGCGUCACCGACGAGGGCAAGACGGAGCUUCUCCGCGAACUGGAGAAAUUCUCCCGAUACAAGAUUGAGCAGCUCGCAUUAAUUAAGGAAGCUAAUGUGUUGGUUUCUCUUGCUGGCGGCUAUGUUUCGCUACAUGAUGCCCAGUCUUACGAACUGGUUGAACAGCUCGCUCAAACAAAGGGCGCUUCCGCCUUUGCCAUUACGUCAAAUGUCGUUAAUGAUCCCGAUACAAAUGUGCCAGCAAUUUUGUCUCGUCUGGCUGUGGCCGUUAAGCGGAAGAUCCUCAUGUGGGCAUGGCGUGAUAUGGAGCUGGAAAGGGAUACUGCUGAGUUGAGCUUGGUCAGUGGGGUCAAGACUCUCACCUGGGUUGCUGCUACUCGGCUAGUAGUUGGGCUGAGCUCGAGCUUUGUCAUGGUUAAUAUUGAGAGCGGACAGUUCGUGGACCUGGCUGGGCCAGGAAGCAUCGAGGAAUCGGGCCGCUUCACGAGUGUCGGCGCUGCGAGCAUGAGCUAUAUUGGUAUGGGGGGUAUGGUCCCGCGGCCGCUUGCGACGAGACUCCGUGAAGGUCAGAUUCUUUUGGCUAAGGAUAUCCACACGAAUUUCAUUGAUGUCGAUGGUCAGCCUCUCGGUCGGAAGCAGGUUCCUUGGAGUCAUGCGCCGGUGGAGCUUGGGUACUCGUACCCGUUUCUGCUGGCUUUGCACGACUCAUCCAAGGGUGUUCUGGAAGUACGGAACCCAGAGACCUUAUCACUAUUGCAAUCUAUUCCGCUACAGUCGGCCAGUAUACUGCACAUCCCGCAACCCAAUAUCAGUCUUGCUCAUGCCGGGAAAGGAUUCCUUGUAGCAAGUGAUCGCACCAUCUGGCGCAUGGAAGCCCUGAGCUAUGACACCCAAAUCGAUGCUUUGAUUGAAGGGGGCUAUCUGGAUGAGGCCAUCAGCUUGCUUGGGAUGCUGGAGGAUGCUCUUCUACGGGACAAGCCUGGCCGAUUGCGUGCGACAAGAUUGGAAAAGGCGCAGAGUUUGUUUGCUAUGAACAGGUAUCGGGAUUCCUUGGAUCUUUUUACUGAAGUCUCUGCACCUCCCGAGAGUGUCAUUCGCCUUUAUCCUCGGUUGAUUGCGGGCGAUCUCUCUACGGUCCCAGAACAUGAAAUUCUGAAUGGAAAGGCGAAUGGGUCUCAGAGUGAUGGUUCGUCCGAGGAUGUUGCAGCCGGGCAAGCAUCCACACAUGCGGCCUCUAGCAGGUCUUCUGUGCGAAAGCCUGACGAAGGAAGCGAGGCUAGUAGUAUCCUUGGGGAUGAGAAGGGACUUCGAAUUGCCGUCCGCGAGCUACAGGGAUACCUGGCAGAUGUUCGCCGGCGCUUUCAACGCUUCCUUAACCCCGACGGGUCUCUCAAAGCUUCUGCACCAGUCGGCGCCACAGACGAGGCAAGCGAUUCCGUUCUCAAGCUGCUGGAUUUCCCAUCUGCCGACGAGUUUGCCACACAAAUUCGCGCCAAGGCACGGUUGGUUGACACCACAUUGUUCCGUGCACACAUGUUUGCCACUCCAUCGCUAGCUGGGUCUCUUUUCCGCAUUGCCAACUUCUGUGACCCAGAAGUGGUAAUGGAGAGACUGGAAGAAACUGGUAGAUACAACGAUCUCAUUGAUUUUCUCUAUGGCAAGAAAUUGCAUCGCCAAGCACUUGGAUUGCUACAGCGCUUUGGACAGACAGACAAUGGUCCUUUGAGUGGACCAACACGCACAGUCGCUUAUCUUCAAAACCUACCUCCAGAUCAAAUAGAUCUGGUGAUCGAGUUCGGAGAAUGGCCACUUCGUGCCAAUCACGAAUUGGGAAUGGAGAUUUUUGUGACCGACACAGAGAACGCCGAAACGCUACCCCGUCCGCGAGUCCUCUCAUUCCUGGAGAAAAUCGACAUUGCGCUCGCUAUUCAGUACCUUGAGCAUGUCAUUCAUGAAUGGAACGACAUGACUCCUGACAUACACCAGCAACUACUCAUCUUAUAUCUAGAUCAACUGACGUCCAACAACGAGCAAGGGGAAUGGAAAAACAAGUUCUUGACAAUGUUGAAAGAGAGCGAGCAGUACUCUCCAGCAAAGAUGUUAGAUCGGCUCGAUCGAGAGGAAGAUCCCAACUUUUUCGAAGCUCGGGCUAUUCUCUUUAGCAAAAUGGGCCAGCACCGGCAGGCACUCGAGAUCUACGUCUUCAAACUCGAGGACCACGGGAAAGCAGAAGAAUAUUGUAACCAGAUCCACCUCGCUGAAAAGGGCGAAGAAGAAGACACCAUUUAUCUCACCCUCCUUUCCCUCUAUCUCUCCCCACCCCACGGCUACGAGGCGCAGAAUGAUCCCGCGAUUGACUUGCUAGCCAAGCAUGGCUCGCGGCUCCCAGCUGAUGCCGCUUUGAAACUCAUACCAGACAAACAAGCUGUGGAGAAACUGGAAUUUUAUUUCAAGGGCCGCAUGCGUGCCGCAAACUCGGUUUUUAAUGAAGCACGCAUCGUGGCAAACCUCCGAAAAGCACGGGACAUGCAAAUCCAGGCCCAGCUCGCUCUUGGCGAGGGUGUUCGUGGUGGAGGCACGCGGGCUCGCUACAUCACAGUCACCGAGGAGCGGAUUUGUGGCGUCUGUCAUAAGCGGUUGGGCGGGAGUGUGAUCAAUGUUUUCCCCGAUAAUACUGUAGUUCAUCUAGGGUGUGCAAAUCGAAUACCGAGUAUUCGAGCUGGGUAG